AAAGGGAUGGAGAAUGAAAAGUGGACUGAGCCACCGACAGAGAAGGAGACGAGACGGAGGUCAGCAUAUGAAACACAAACAUGCCUGAACCAAAGAAGCCAGAUCCUAAGAAAGCGGAGGCAGCUCCCCCUGCUGAGGAGGAUGAGGGGCGCGAUGAGUUGCCUGAGGAUGAGCCUGUACCAGGGGAGGAGCCUCAACCGGCACAAAUUACUGGCCUUUUUGUGGAGAGACCCCAGAGUGCAACGGCAGUCAAAGGGAAAAACGUAACCUUUGUGGCUAAAGUGGACUCGUCGACCCUGCUGAGGAAGCCGGUCAUGAAGUGGCUGAAGGGAAAGUGGAUGGAUUUGGGCAGCAAAGCUGGGAAACACCUGCAGUUUAAAGAAACCUAUGACAGGAACACCAAGAUAUACACCUAUGAGAUGACCAUUGUGAAGGUGGUUGAUGGAGAUGCAGGAGGUUACCGCUGUGAGGUCACGGCCAAGGAUAAGUGUGACAGCUGCACUUUCGAGAUCACUGUUGAAGCUGUAGAAGAAGUGCAGCAAACAAACAUUCUGGAAGCGUUCAAACGAUCAGGAGAUGCUGGGGAGGAUGCUGGUGACCUCGACUUCAGUGGCCUCCUCAAAAAAAGAGAGAGGAAGAAGGAGGAGCCCACAGAGCCUGAGGUGGACGUGUGGGAGAUCCUGAAGAACGCCAAGCCAUGUGAUUACGAGAAGAUCGCCUUCCAGUACGGCAUUACUGACCUCAGGGGCAUGCUGAAGAGGCUGAAGAUGAUGAAGAAGGUGGAGCCCAAAAAGAGUGAUGCCUUUAUCCGGAAGCUGGAACCUGCAUAUUCAGUGGAGAAAGGCAAGAGGAUUAUGAUGUCUGUGGAGAUGGCAGACCAUAAUGCGCAGGUCAAAUGGCUGAAGAAUGGACAAGAGAUCAAACCUUCAGCAAAGUACUUGUUUGAGAGCAUAGGGGGUAUCCGCAAACUCAUCAUCAACAAAAGCACACUGUCUGAUGAUGCUGCAUAUGAGUGCGUGAUUGGAGAGGAAAAGUGUUUCACUGAAGUCUUUGUUCAAGAGCCUCCAGUAACAAUCACUAAGCUUCUGGAUGACAUCCAUGUGGUGGUGGGGGAGAGAGUGGAGUUUGAGGUGGAGGUGUCUGAGGAAGGAGCCAAUGUCAUAUGGAUGAAGGACGGGGUGGAGCUGAGUCGGGAUGGGAAGUAUCGCUUUAAGAAGGAUGGAAAAAAACACUGGUUGAUCAUCAAUGAAGCCAGUAAAGAGGAUAUUGGGACGUUUUGCGUCUGUACCAGUGGUGGGCAGUCGAAGGCAGAGCUGGAAGUGGAAGAUAAAGAACUGGAGGUGCUGCAAAGUAUAGCGGAUCUGACUGUGAAGGCUGCCGAGCAGGCUAUGUUUAAGUGCGAAGUGUCUGAUGAAAAAGUAACUGGCAGGUGGUUCAAGGAUGGAGUGGAGGUCAUUCCUGGGAAGCGCAUCAAAAUGACACACGUCGGCAGGGUCCACAAGCUGCUGAUUGAUGAUGUGAAACCAGAGGAUGCAGGAGACUACACCUUCGUCCCUGAUGGCUACGCCCUCUCCCUCUCUGCCAAGCUCAAUUUCUUAGAAAUCAAGAUUGAUUAUGUUCCUCGUCAGGACCCCCCUAAAAUCCACCUGGACACCACUGGCAGUUUGGUCAACAAAAACACCAUUAUUGUGGUUGCUGGCAAUAAGCUGCGCCUGGAUGUGGAGAUCACAGGAGAGCCAGCGCCCACUGUCUGUUGGAAGAAAGGGCCUAUUGAACUCACUAGCACUGAGGGACGGGUGCGGGUGGAGAGCAGGAAGAACCUGAGCAGCUUUGUGAUAGAGGGAGCAGAGAGGGGAGAUGAAGGCCUUUACUGCAUCACUGUCACCAACCCGGCGGGAGAGGACAAGGCUGACCUAAACAUCAGGGUUGUGGACGUCCCAGAUGCCCCAGAGAAUGUCCGAUGCACCGGAGUUGGAGAGGAUACAGCCUCCAUCCUGUGGGAUCCACCCAAAUUUGAUGGUGGAGCCCCACUCAAAGGGUAUCUGAUGGAGAGGAAGAAGAAAGGCUCGUCGAGAUGGACUAAGCUUAACUUUGACAUCUACGAGUCGACCGUGUAUGAGGCAAAGAAGAUGCUUGAGGGCGUGUUCUAUGAGAUGAGGGUGUUUGCUGUUAAUGGCAUCGGUGUCUCCCAGCCCAGUGCCACCUCCAAACCCUUCAUGCCUAUUGCCCCGACCAGUGAGCCAACCAGGCUGGUGGUGGAUGAUAUCACUGAUGACACGUGUGCCCUGAAGUGGCUCCCCCCAGACAGGGUUGGUGCAGGUGGGGUGGAUGGAUACAUCAUCGAGUACUGCCUUGAAGGAGGGAGUGAGUGGGUGCAGGCCAACGAGGUCCCAGUGGAGAAGAAUAUGUAUCGUGUUCGGGGGCUGCAGAUUGGAGAGAAAUAUGUGUUCCGGGUGACAGCCGUCAAUAUCGCAGGCCGCAGCCUUCCGGCUGAGAUAAAACAAGGAGUUACCAUUAGAGAGAUCACCGAACGUCCAAAGAUUCGUCUUCCCCGGCAGCUGAGGACUAAGUUUAUCAGGAAGGUGGGCGAGAAGGUCAACCUCCUCAUUCCCUUCCAGGGUAAACCGCGCCCUGUGGUGAACUGGUUUAAGGACGGGGCCCCGAUGGACCCAUCACUGGCCACCGUUCGCACCAGUGAGGUGGACUCCAUCCUUUUCAUCAGACAGGCCACCAGAGAGCACUCGGGACAGUACACACUGUCUGUGCAGAUAGAGAACAUGGAGGACAAAGCCACCAUUGAGAUCCAAAUCGUAGAGAAGCCAGGCCCCCCUGUAGCUGUCACAGUGACUGAUGUCUGGGGUUUUAAUGCUGCCCUGGAAUGGAAACCCCCCAGAGACAAUGGCAACACUGAAAUCACUGGAUACACUGUCCAGAAGGCUGACAAGAAGACUAAGGAGUGGUUCACUGUAUAUGAACACAACCGCAGGCCCAGCUGCACUGUUUCUGACCUGGUGAUGGGGAAUGAAUACAUGUUCCGCAUUUUCAGCGAAAAUAUCUGUGGCUUGAGUGAGGAAGCAGGAGUCAGCAAGAACACGGCCGUCAUCGGCAAAACAGGUCUUCAACAUAAGCCACAGCCAUUCAAAGAGAGAGACAUGAACAGCUCUCCCAAGUUUAUAACACCCCUUGUGGACAGGUCUGUCGUUGCAGGCUACAACACUGCUAUCAGCUGUGCUGUCCGUGGCUAUCCCAGGCCCAAGAUCAUUUGGAUGAAGAAUAAGAUGAUAAUUGGAGCAGAUCCCAAGUUCCUCAUGCAGAACAACCAGGGAGUGCUGACUCUGAACAUCCGUAAGCCCAGCCUCUUUGACGGGGGGAUGUACAUCUGCAAGGCCAUAAACGAACUAGGAGAGGACCAGGUGGAGUGCAGGCUGGAGGUCCGAGUCAUAAAAGAAAAAGGAAAAGAGGAAGCGAAGAAAUGAACAUUAUGACAUCAAACGGCACCAGACGAAGCGAGAAAUGGAAUCGGAUGGAAUAACAAAGGGGAAUAAAUAUUGAGAUUUGUAGUUUAGAAUAAAGUCUUCAUCUCUGUCUUUAUUCAAACCAUGAUUAAUAUAUGAGCCAGUGUUUUGAUUCAGGAUAUAGGCUAAUGGAAUAUUGCAUUAAAAUGGAAAUUAGUGCAGUU